AUGCCCCGUACGCGCAACUUCCCGUGUACAUGGAAUAACUGUAGGAAGUCCUCGAGCCUAGCUCGUCAUCGGCGAAUACAUACUGGCAGGCGACCAUAUAAGUGUUUGGAGUCAGAAUGUGGGCGAAGUUUCUGCCGAAAAACGACAUUAACCAAGCAUCAGAAUCGGUCUCAUCAACCUGAGGUCCAACCGCCAGCCGCUUGCACUACUCGAGAACCAUUAUAUUCACAGCCGCCCCCUAGCUUGUUACCCCCAGCAAGCAGCCUCCCUAAUAACCAGCAAACAUAUCCGCCCCCCCAAGUAGCUGCUGUUGCGCAUGUCUUCUAUCCCCCUCCUACACAACCACCUCCUGUUCAUUCAAUACCCGUCCCUGGAGAGCAACCCGUCAUCGGAGCUGAAAUUAAUUAUACUGGCUCUGGGCUUGUAUUUAAUCCUCAAAUUCAAGGUUACGAAGUUCCUCCAACACCAGUGGAAUCUGUGCCAAGAUUUUCGCCAGCACCUCCAAGGGUUGUUUCAGAGUACGAGGCUCGGCCUCCAAUAAUUUACCAAUCGGAAAUCCCAAUGGAUAAUAAACCCAUGAUUUCGCGAAUCUUCAAUCCAUAUCAAGAUCCAAGAGCUUGGGACUUUCUAGGCCUGGAGGGUUAA